AUGACCGACGCGGUGGAAGGAAGGAUAACAUCCUUGACAAAUAGCAAAGAUGACCUCCCCUCGGAGCCUGUUUGCAAAAAUUCAAGCGACCAUGGAACUGAGGCAUUGAAAGACCUCACAUUUGGCUCUAUAGCUGGUGUGAUAGGCAAAACGAUUGAGUACCCUUUUGACACUGUGAAAGUGCGGCUGCAGUCCCAGCCAGACACUCUUCCUCUCCGCUAUCAAGGGCCUCUUGAUUGCUUCCGGCAAUCUCUCCGAAAAGAAGGAAUCACAGGUUUAUACCGCGGUAUCAGCGCUCCUUUGCUCGGCGCAGCGAUAGAGACGAGUAGUCUCUUUUUCAGUUACCGCAUCGCUCAAACCGCGCUCCAAGCUACCAUCAUCUCACCCGAGAAUGGCAAUCCGCUACCGUUGAGUGCAUUGAUAGCCAGCGGAGGAGCCAGCGGUGCCUUUACAAGCCUCUUACUUACACCAAUCGAGUUGGUGAAAUGCCAGAUGCAAGUCCCGCUCUCGCCUUCCAGUGUUCAAGGCCCAGGACCUCUCUCGAUCAUUGCAUCAGUCUUCCGUCACUACGGCAUUCUUGGCUUCUGGCAUGGGCAGCUGGGAACUCUGAUCCGCGAGACUGGGGGUUCAGCAGCUUGGUUCGGAAGCUACGAGGGUGUGAGUGCGCAGUUCAGGGAAUAUAAUGCUCGUUAUACACCAUCGAUGGUGAAAGCAGCAAAGGAAGACACACUGCCGUUGUAUCAACAGAUGCUCGCAGGGGCCACAGCCGGCGUGACCUACAAUUUUGUCUUCUUCCCUGCCGACACGAUUAAGUCGCGGAUGCAGACCGAGGAAGUCAGCGCUGGCGGGCAGGGGCUGCGGUAUCACGGUGGGAAGGGCCGCUCCGAGCUCGGCAUUCAUCUUUGCCGUUUACGAAGGAUUGAGAGGGUGGGGACGAUAGGUGUUCCUGGUGGUUGA